AUGGGCGCGAAAUGGUCAGAUUUCAGCGCGGGAGAUGCAGAGGUGGUCGCGCGGAGUGCAGAUCUGGUCGCGCGGAGUGCAGAUCUGGUCGCGCGGAGUGCAGAUCUGGUCGCGCGGAGUGGAGAUUUGGGCGCGCGGAGGGCAGAUCUGGUCGCGCGAAGGGCGGAUCUGGGCGCGCGGAGGGCGGAUCUGGGCGCGCGGAGGGCGGAUCUGGGCGGGCGGAGUGCAGAUCUGGAUCUAGGCGCGGGAGGAGUAGAUCUGGUCGCAGGGAGUGCAGAUCUGGGCGCUGGAGUUGCAGAUUUGAGCGCGGGGAGUGCAGAUCUGGGCGCUGGAGUUGCAGAUCUGAGCGCGGGGAGUGCAGAUCUGGGCGCUGGAGUUGCAGAUCUGAGCGCGGGGAGUGCAGAUCUGGGCGCUGGAGUUGCAGAUCUGGACGCGCUUUGGAGGGCAGCGCCUUAG